AUGAAUAUGAAGCAAAAAAAAUCAAACGAUAUUAGAUUUUUGAAUUAUUUUGAUUCUGAAUGGCUAAAGUCAAACAAUGGUUGGUACGAAGGUUUAAAAUUAUACGCCCCAAGUACAAAUAAUGCUUUAAAGGCGACAAACAAAACAAUCAAAGACGAUGGAACAUUCCGAGAACGUCAUUUUUUAUCAAGACUGUUAACAAUUUCUUCAAAUAUUAUCAAUAAUUGGUCAAUCGAACGGGAUCCAUCAUUAGCUAAUGCAAGAAUAUUUGCUACAGAGCCAAAAAUAUCUUUAGAAUUAUGGACUUCAUCAUAUCAAUGGGAUACAUCAACAAAAGAUAUCAUUUGCAUUCCAAAUGAUUCUUCAAAAAAUAUUAUAUACCAGCUCGUAACUUAA